AUGCGUAGCGACCAAAAGGAUUGGGAUGAGCAGCUCAGCAGCAUUUGCUGUGCCCUUAGAUCGGCGGUUAACUCUAGCUUAGGAACAUCACCCUAUUACAUGACAAUUGGACACUUCAUUUCAUCUGGUGCCACAUAUAAAUUGCUGAGAGCUCUUAAUGUGCUUGAAGACAGGUCGUUGGCGUUUUCAAAGGAAGAUUCGUUGGAAAUUGUUCGUAGCAGGGCGUUAAAAGUUAUGAAGAAUCAGUUCGAGAAUAACGAGAAAAGGUACAAUUUGCGCUCAAGGGAGGUAUCUUUCAGUGAAGGCCAGGAAGUCUAUCGCAGAAAUUUCAAGCAGAGCAAUUUCGCAGCUGGUUACAAUGCGAAAUUGGGUCCAUCCUUCGUGAAAAAGAAAAUUGGUCAAGUUUAUUACGACCUUGAGGAUUUGCAGGGGCGUUACGUUGGCAGGUUCCAUGCUAAGGACAUCAAGCAGUAG